GUAAAAUAACAUCGAACUACACACAAAUAAACUAAAAAGUUUUACAUCUAAGAUGCUUAUUCUGUGGAAUAAAAUAAAAACGUUUUAGCGUGUAUUAUAGUGAGGUUAGGUUUAAAAGUUUGUUAGAAAAUGUAAAAUAUUACGAUAGAUACAAACAUUUUGUACAUUAAAAAUAAGUAAACUUUUAAAGAAUGUUUAUAAAUAAUUAAUUACUAUCAGUUUACAGUACAGUGUGUAAUAACUAUUUAAUAAUCAAUUCAUAAUGAAUCCGACAAUCGUAGAUUUUAGUGUGGUGAAACAGAAGUUGAUAAAAACAGAUACAAUACUACAAAUGUAUUCAGAAAAUAGUCACAAGCUUAAGAAAGCUUUGCAAACGUGUAAGGAACUCAAGCAAAAACUAGAACGGAUUCAACUUGAAAAUGAUAGGUGUACUUUUUCAUUAGAAUCACUAAAGACUAAAUACAAUACAAUGGAUGCUGAUUAUAAAUCGUUGUACGAACAAAAAACCUCCUUAGAACAAAAAUAUAAUCAGCAAGCUAUUGUAACACAAAAAAAUAUUAAAGAUCUAGAAAUGGAAAUACAAUAUCUAAAGGAGUUGAAUACAUUUGCAGAACCUUCCAAACAAAAGAAUCAAACUACGGUUGAUAACAAGAAAGUUGAAGAACUUGAAGAAAAACUAGUCAAACAUAAAAAUAAUGAAACUCAACUUCAAACAGAGAAUAAUAAGUUGCAGAAGGAAAUUACGGCAUUGCAAGAUCAACUAGCUGCUACUAAAGAAGAAAAAAAGAGAAUCACUGAUGGGCUUAAAGAGGAAAUGAAUAAAGUUCUUCAAGAAAUGCAUAUGCAAAAUUUAGAGAUGAAUGAAAAAUUAAAACAUUACACUCAGUUAUGUUAUGACAAAGAUAUAGAAAUAAACAAUUUAAAACAGAAUGUAACAAUCACCAAUCUUUCAAAGGAUCUUGCUUGUACUAAAAGUAAGCGAAUGAGAAUGAAAAUUUUAACAGAAGCUCAAGUUAAUAUAGAUCCCAUAAAAACGGAGAAUAUUGCUAUACAGACUGAUACAAUAAUAUUGGAAUCAAAUACAAAUAACCCGGAACGGUGUUCAAAAGAAGAAUCGUUAGAAAAAACUGAAUCAAUCGAUGAUAUUUUACUAGAAAUGAUUUACAUACCCAAAUUAUUGUCACCAAUAAGAUCAGUUUCUCCAGUGAUGGAAGCUUUUGAUCCAUACGAUGAACAAACUGUCUCUCCUUUCACAUCUAAUAUAUCAAGAAGUAAAAAUACUUUACAGCAAGAAACAGAACCGAAUAAUAUUGAAAAUAGAUGUAGAUCUCUGGUUAAAAAGAAAUUUCUAAACCGUAAAUACCGCAAAUUUAUGUAUUUACAGAAAAAACGAAGAAUUAUGAAGAAAAAACAGGAUAUAAUAAAAAGGAGACGUGCUCUUAAUUGCCAGGAUAAUGUCCUAAGGGCGUUACAGAUUUUAAAACGAUCCAAAAUCAAUUUCACAAUUUCCAAUGAAUCGACUAUUCCUUUCUAUUGCGACAAUUUCAAUUCAGAAUGUGGGGAGCUUCAAUCAAAUAAUUUCACCUCGCAAUUCCUCAAGAGAUUAUCAAAUACUGAAUGUUCCUCUUGUAAAUCCAAGAAAUGUAGAAGAACUUUAUUAAAUAACGGACCGAAUGAGAAAUUAUUAGAAUUUUUUAAUAUUAAAAAAGAAAAUAUAUCUCCGACUCCAAGUAGAAUGGAAUUUAAAAAUGAAACUAGACCUCAGAGUCCUCUACUAUGGUUACACAAUCAAUUACAAUCAGAACUAACGCCCCAUAAUGUUCUUGAUAAAUUAGCGGAACUAGUCAGUGAGAGAAUCCAGAAGAAUAAUCCAAAUGGAAGAAAAAGUUCAAUAGGAGCGGAAUAUCAAUCGGAAACCGAACUGGAUCUACAACAUUUAUUCCAAAAUACAAGCAUAGAUGAAUCCCGUAGUCCAGAUAUAAAUAUACCAGAAGAUUUCAAUUCAGAUCCAAAGGAAAGUGUGUUACUAAAAGAAAUAGAAAAUCCUUCAGCUAGUAUAGGAGAAAGUACCAAAGAUAGUGAACCAAUUAGUGACAAGAUUAAAUUUUAUACUGAAGAAGUUGGUGUGAUAACAAUCAAUUCUAAAAUUCCAAUUAAAAGUGAUAUAACAACUACAAAUAUACCUACUAGUGAAGAUAAAAAACCCGAAGAUGUUAAUGGAGACAAUAGUAUAUCAAGAAGUGAAAAUUUAAGUAAUAGUUCAAUUGAAAUAGAUAAUAUUGAAGAAGAAACAAAAAUUGUUGCUUCGGAACAUGAAGAAAUCAGUACUGAAGAAAAAUUAAACGAUUCAGAUCUUCAUUCAUCCAAUAAACUAUCAUCUAUUGAUACAGAUUUGAAAAUUAUUGUCAAAGAUAACAAGAUGACUACUAAACAAAAUGAUUUGGUGUUAAAUAAUGACGAAGAUACACAUAAUAAUGAAGUUGACAAGAAUAGAAGUUCAAAUACCGAAGUAGAACAUCAAAUGUUGUCUCCUUCGGAAAUACUGAAGUUUUAUAAAUCACCACCGGCUUGUCUUAGCCCUUUGAGCCCUUAUCCAUCGAAAACUGAUACAAUUAAAUGUAGAACAAUGAAAAAUAAACAAGAGGAUGAAUCUGAUAAGUGUUGUAGUGAUAUUGAAGAUACCAGUCCUCUUUUGAAGACCUCUCCGAUGUCCCGAUGCAUAAACUCUCUUCUUAAAGAUGAAAAUAAACUUUCAAAUGAAUUAGAUUCCUUCAUAAACGCUUUCCAAUCAAAUAAGAGCUUCAGCGAAUUGAGUGGAUCUCCGAUUAGAAAAAAUGCUGUUAGAAAUUUAUCGAAUUAUUUUGAUAGGCACUCUGGCACUAAUAACCCGUCAAUAGAAGAAGAUCCUUCAGUUAAUUUGGAUAAAUUAGAAGAUAAAUUUCCAAUAUUCCCCAUUCCAACAGAUGGUACACUAGAAAUUGAAGAAGAAUUACCCUAUAAGCAACUGGGAAUUAUCGAAAUAAAAUCUUCCGAAUCGUUACCUUUACAUCCGAGUCAAGAUUUACCUGCACCUAUACCUAUAUGUACCUCUAAUUCUCCAUCUACUUUCGCACAACCUCAUCUGUCAUCUCCUGUAUCCAAUUCUCUAUCAAUUCCUAUACCUAGCGAUAUAUCAUCUUGUAUAUCAACAUUUUCCACUAUAAAUUGCACACCAUCAGCUUCUCUAAGUUGUCUAGAAUCUGUAAUUGACCUCAGGACAUAUCCUCCAUCUUCCUCUAUUGUGCCUAGUUGUCCAGCAUCUCCCAUACCUAAAUUGUUAGAAUCAUCCACAUCUAUUUGCCUAGCAUUUACCACCCCCAGUAGUCCAGCUUCUGUCCCAACCAGCUGUCAAGAAUCUACUACAUUUAGUUGUCUAGCAUCUCCUGUACCUAGUUGUCCAGCAUCUCCUGUACCUAGUUGUCCAGCAUCUCCUGUACCUAGUUGUCCAGCAUCUCCUGUAGCUAGUUGUCCAGCAUCUCCUGUACCUAGUUGUCCAGCAUCUCCUGUACCUAGUUGUCCAGCACCUCCUGUAGCUAGUUGUCCAGCAUCUCCUGUAGCUAGUUGUCCAGCAUCUCCUGUACCUAGUUGUCCAGCACCUCCUGUAGCUAGUUGUCCAGCAUCUCCUGUAGCUAGUUGUCCAGCAUCUCCUGUACCUAGUUGUCCAGCACCUCCUGUACCUAGUUGUCCAGCAUCUCCUGUACCUACUUCUCCAGCAUCUCCUGUAGCUAGUUGUCCAGCAUCUCCUGUACCUAGUUGUCCAGCAUCUCCUGUACCUAGUUGUCCAGCAUCUCCUAUACCCAGUUGUCCAAUAUCGGAUUGUCCUCAAUCUCCAGAACAAAGUGAUUCAACUUUUCCUUACCAAACUGAUAUUUUUCCUAAAAUUAUUCCCCUGGAGAAAAUUGAAGAUGUAAAUGGGAGUGAUAAUUCCAAAAUUGAAUCAGACGAAGGAAUUUCUAUUGAUAUUUCUGUAGAAACCGAAGCAGAAGUUCCAUUAGUAGGAGAUGAAAAAAAUUUUGUUGGAUCUAAAACUGAGUUUUUGUUAGAUCAUACAGCAUGUCCCCUAAGGACUUUUCAAUCAUUCGAUAGUAUUAAAAAUGGAAACAGUAUAAAAAAGGCAUGUACACUAAAAAAAAUGAAUCCUGGUAUAGAAAAAAACGGAAUGAUAACGAGGAGACGGGCAGCAGAAUUUAAUAAAGAAUUAGAAGGAACGGAAAGCAAAAUUAGUAAUAAAUCAUGUUGCCACAUUUGUUUAACGAAGCAUUCGUGUAAACGAAAGGGUUUGGGGAAUAUGAAGGUAUCGAAUUUGGAGGAAUUUUCUGGUUCAGAAAUGACAAGGAAAAGAAAAAGGAAAACAAUCGAUUCUGAUAAGGCACCAACAACAAAACCUGAUGAUCUAAAUCAUGUAUUGCAAGAAACAACUACGAUAAUUGAUCCCCAGGAACCACGCAUCCCACCCAUGAAUGAUAUAGUUAAAAGAGGUAGAGGAAGACCACGAAAAUAUCCAAAGGUAGAGGAAAAUCGGAGCUCAAAUUUAGAAACAUCAGAAAUAAAUUGUGGAACAGAAUUGGCAACUCCACUUGACCCUAGUUCUGUUGGUAGUAAAGAAAACGUGAGAUGUAGACCUACAAAGAGGACAAAGCUCCAAUCAAAAAUAAUGAAACAGAUGAAAGAAAAACAAAAAAUGUUAAAAACGCCUGUUUCUUUACGUAAAAAUCCUAAUGACUGUGAUACGAAUAGAUUUAAAGAAAGUGCAUCUCUAAUCGAAAGUAGUUCGGUUCAGUUGCAAUCAACUACCGGAGCUAAAAGGAUUAACGUCGUGCAGAAUAUAUUGAUUCGACCUGCUUGCAAUAAACCGAUAGAUUUAUUGGAUGGACAGUUUUCUAGUCAGUCAAAUUUUAAAAAAUCAGUUAGAACACUUAGGAAUAAACGACCGGCUGUGAAGGACGAUUGUGAUAUUCUCUCGAAGAUAAUGAAUGACAUGGACAAGGGGAAAACGAAAGAAGAAGUUAGAAAUAUUGUGAUAAGAGACGUUCCCAGUGGUGUAGACGAUAAACAAUGGAGAAUAAGAAUACUGGAUAUGGCUGAAGUGAUGUAUAACGCGACUGUUGAUAUGAAGCAUAUUUAUGGUCUGACGCCUACCAAGAAAAAACGAAAAGGAAUUUUGAAAAACGAUGCAGUAUUACCUGAAAAAAUAGCUGUAUUACUAAAAAAACUGUUAUCUAUCCCAAAUGAAGAUGACAUACCCCAUGAAAUUGUAUUGGAAUUCAAAAGACAGACUUCAAAUGAAAUCAUCGACAUCGUUAUUUACCAAAUUUCUAGAGACAUUCACGACUUGCCUGACAAUAAAUAUUAUCCGGCCCCCCUUAUGACCAGAACUCAGAGAAUAUUUCUUUCUCUUCUGGUCAGAUUAGAAAAAGAAAAGGGAUUCGAAAAUAUCGUUGAAACGUUUUUUUCCAGAAUACAAGAGCAUAUCCUUAGAAUGGGAUGCGGUAUCCGAAAAGCCAUCCCUUUAACGAGAUUAUUUGUAAGUUUGUGUCGAUUACAUGCUGAUAUACACAGAAUGCGAACAUUCUGUUGCGAAGCUUUUUUCUAUGCUGGAGAUUUGGCUGUUCCAAUUUUUUUUACUGUUUUGACUUCAUGGAUUGACUUAUUACCUUUCGCAGCUGAUGUCAAAAAUUACCCAAUGGCAAAGUUAUUAAUACAAUUAGUUCAUCUAAAAACUUGUCGUAGACCUGGCUACAACCUUCUGGCCCUAAAAAGUUUAUUUAGUCAAUAUUACGGUUACCCCAAGGAAAGGUGGAACUGCGAUGAACUAUUCGAAGAAUUUUAUCAACUGUUUUUAACCAAUCCGUCUACACCUACAGAAUAUGCAAUCCGUUUAUACUGCAAAAAUAAAGAUACGAAAUGGGUGUAUAAGAAGAUCAACGAAUAUUUCAAACCACUGGUAUAUAAGAUUCCAGAUGAAAAUGUGAAUUUCAAAGCAACCACAGUUAUUCUGAUGGGGAAAAUUUGUAGGAUGUUCAAGCCGAGUAACAGUCAUGAUAAAGAUUGUUUAACUGAAUUAUUACGAUGGUUCGAAGGAUUAUUAGAAGAUAAUCCUGCGCUGAUUAUAGAACAGAGUAUCCAAUAUACCAUACAGCAUCUUCCAAAAGAAGGGAAGAAAAGACAAAGAUAUUUUGAGUCUUCUACCGGCAACAAUUGAAUAGAAACAAGGGAAUUUUAAUUAAAGUAUUUUAUUUCGUGACUUUAUGUACAAUUGUUUUAAUUUUUCUUUUUUUUUAUAAUAAUAGUUCGAAUUUGUUUUAAUUUUAGGGUUAUUUAUUGUAAAUAUAAGAAGUUUGUUACCAAAAAUUACAUUAUUUUAAACAA